CCGUUCGCGCGGUGCCUGACGCAGACGAACGCGCAGGCCGGCGCCGAGAUCUUCCGGCAGCUGAUCCAGAACUACACCAACACGCUGGCGCUCGAGGCGCUGACCGACGACUUCGUCGACUACUCCAGCGCGGUGAAUCUGAUCCGCAACCGCGGCAACGAGGGCCCCAUCAAGGUCAACGGCGUCUCGUUCGACGGCCGCCCGCAGUUCAUGGCCGCGCAGGGCUCCCAGCCGCAGAUCCCCUUCGACACCCUCAACGUCUUCUGGGGCUGCGACCACGUCGCGAUGCGGUGGCAGACCCUGCGCAGCGCGAACGGGCAGAAGACGGAGAGGAGCCGGAUCCCCGUCGUCGGCAACGCCAUCCUCCACACCGUCCCGGACAAUUCCAACUCCUACGGCUUCCGCAUCAAGACCCUCUACUCCGAAUUCAACGCCGGCGCCUGGAUGUUGAACCUGGGCACCGUCGUCACCACC